CCGUGAGUGAACACAACGCAAAGAUGAACCUCUCCUCGGUGAACUCGUCCUCCUGGAGAGCGGAGUCGGUCAUCAUUUCUCUGGGCUUUUCGCUCAUUUUCCUGGUCGGCACGGUGGGAAACUCUCUGGUGCUCGCGGUUCUGUUCCGCAACGGGCAGAUGAACACCAAAACCACCAACGUGUUCAUCCUCAACCUGGGAAUAGCCGACCUGUGUUUCAUUAUUUUCUGCGUGCCGUUUCAAGCCACCAUCUACACUCUGGACGAAUGGGUGUUCGGUCCUGCGCUGUGCAAGCUCGUGCACUUCAUCAUCUUCCUCACCAUGUACGCCAGCAUCUUCACCCUGACAGCCGUCUCCCUGGACAGGUAUUUAGCCAUUUGCUACCCGCUCCGCUCCAGGGAGACGAGAACGCCGCAGAACGCCCUCGCCUCCAUCUGCCUGGUUUGGACCUUGGCCUUGGUUUUCUCAGGACCGUAUCUCAGCUACUACACACAGAUGGACCUGGCUGGCACUGUGGUGUGUAUUCCUGCCUGGGACUCCAAACCACGCAUCAUAAUGGACGUGUGCACCUUCAUCUUUGGCUACCUCAUCCCCGUCCUGGUGCUCGGGCUCACCUACGCUCGCACCAUCCGAUACCUGUGGACCAGCGUGGAUCCCGUAAAGGACAUGUCCGAGUCGAGGCGGGCCAAGCGGAAAGUCACCAAGAUGAUCCUCAUCGUCGCUGCUCUCUUUUGCCUCUGCUGGCUUCCUCAUCACCUGGUGAUCCUCUGCAUGUGGUUCGGACGCUUCCCGCUCAACGAGGCCACCUACGUCCUCCGCAUCCUCUCCCACCUGGUGGCGUACACCAACUCCUGCCUCAACCCCAUCGUCUACGCCCUCGUCUCCAAGCACUUCCGCAAAGGAUUCAGGAAGGUGUUUAACUGCUCACUGAGGAAGAGGGAGGUCAACAAGGUGCACGUCGUCCAGGCGGUGAACACGGUCAGCAGCGUGGAGACGUCCAACUGAAGGCAGCCGCCCAGAACUUGACCAGAGGGAGAGGAAGAGCCAACUGAACAUCAUGAACUGUACCAAGGAGAUGACAUAUGGUGCCAAAAGUAUUAAUGCUCAGGAAAGUGAAAAACAUCGAGACACCUGGCUGUGAGGAAGACCAUGGUAGGACAGUGAAGCUACAGGAAGUGCUGCGGCAGCUUACAGAAGAAACUGAUGAACUGAGGAAAAGUUCAUCGGUUCUGAUGCAGUGAUGGACAACGAGAGGCUGCAGUUUAGACCUGACAGUUAAAUUUAUCACAGAAUAAUCACAGAGUCACGAUUUGUCACAAUCAGCUCAACAAACAGAUUAAAUUGACAGAUCAAUGAAUGCAACUCUUUCACUUUCUUCCUCUGAAAUGGUGGCUGACGGUUCAGUCUGUCCGCCAUUUUGGCCCAGACUGAAAUAUCUCAACAGCUACUUCAUCAGUUCCCAUGAAACUGGACGCACGAGGAUGAAUGUCACUGACUCUGAUGAACCCUGACUGCAGCGGGAGGAAGUGGAGGCGCAUCAGCCUCACAGAGCUGCUAAUGUGGAAAAAGAAACCUGGACAACCAUUUGGAUCCGUGUUAGAUUCAUGCUUCAUAAGCGAGGCCUCAACACGUGUUUCAUCGUGAAAUAAAACACUGUUUUACUUUGAGUGUAAUGAGACAUUUUAGACACUAAAUACCAUCACUAACACGUUUGUUUAACAGCGUUGUAUUAACACGUGUAGCCAGGAAGACGAGGGGUCAGAUGGAGAACGUGAGUGUCGCUCAGAAGUGCAGGAGUUCGUAGCUGGAGGGAUUACGUUUAGGAUUAAAAAGCUGAGCCGAGUCUUGCAUUUAGAAGGUCGGUGGGACCCGGUUUGGCUGGAACCAGAAGUCUGGUGAGCUGUGGGCGGUUUUGGACUGAAAAGUGGCAUAACUGAUUCAGCAUCUCGUGCAGAACAAGCCUCAGUGUUCAGAGAUUUUAACCUUGGGAGACAUGCUGUAUGACCAGUGAGUGAGGCCUCAGUGAGUGUUGACUCAACAUGCCGGCUGUGCGGCGCUGCCGACUGUUGCUGUGAUGUCAGACGUUAUUUGUGUUUUCAUGCAUGCCGACUGUGUUGUUGUGGUGUACAGAACAUCAUGAGGAAAAAAAUAAAUACUUCAAGCUGGA